AUGGCUAAGGGGGCAAAAGGCCCCAAGGGGAAAAAGGUCAACUUGAAAGUUGCUAAGAACUCCAUUAAGAUCACAUUUGAUGGGAAACGCCGCCUUGAUCUGAGCAAGAUGGGCAUCACUACUUUUCCCAGAUGUAUCCUGAAGUUGGCAGAUGUGGAUGAACUGGACCUCAGCAGAAACAUGAUCAAAAAGAUCCCAGAUUCGAUUGAGAAGUUCCAGAACCUGCGCUGGAUGGACCUACACAGUAACCAGAUUGACAAGCUGCCAGAAACAAUAGGAAACCUACAGAAUCUCAUUUUCCUGAACCUUUGCAACAACAAGCUAACAGCCCGGAGCUUGCCUGUGGAGCUAAACCAGCUCAAGAACCUCCGUAAUCUCAACCUUGGCCUAAAUCACAUUGACAAUCUCCCAACAACUCUGGGGGCUUUAAAGGAGCUCCAGGAAGUUGGAGUAUUUGACAAUUUACUGACUACCAUUCCAAACAGUGUUGCAAAGCUCCCCAAGCUCAAAAAGUUGAAUGCCAAAAGGAACCCUUUUCCUGGGCCUACAGAAGAGGAACUUUUUAUUGACAACAUUAAGCGCCUUGAGACUCUGUAUUUGGUGGAAGAAAAAGAUCUUUGCUAUCCAUGCUUGAGGAAGUGUCAAGAAGAGAGGGACAAGUUGAACAAACUAAAGAACACAGUGCCUGCUCCUCUCAGAAAGCCAAACUUUUCAAACCUCAUGACACCCAAUUCUCUGGCAAAGGAGAACCAAGCAGAAUGGAGGUGA